AUGGCUUCGUAAUAACUUAUGUAGUUCUUAUAGAGUCAUGAGAAUCAUAGGUUUAAUGAGAUGAAACUGAUUGAGCAAGAAUAAUAUUAUAUCAAUCUCUUGAAGGAGCAAAGGGAAAAGGUAUUGCAUUCCAUUUGAUAAAUGAUAGAUGGAAUUAUUGAAGAAUGAGUUCUUAAAGAAGGAUCAAGUGAUAGUUGAUUUGCAGAGCUAAGUAAAUGAAUUGUGGGAAGAGAAUGAGCGAUUAAAGGAGGUGCAUUAGAGUUCGACAAAGAAGAAGGAGUAGGAUUUUUAUCGAAUGAAUAAAUUGUAAUUAGAAAAAGACAGUUUAAUAAAAGAUAUGAUUGAAUUGAAGGAUAUGAUAGAUCAUUUGAGAUAAGAAAAUGACACUCUGAAUGUAAGAAAAUAAUAAGGAAUUUAUAGACAUUGUACAUACAGAACGAAGAUAAACAAAGAUAAUUAUAAGAACAAUUAAUUCUUUUAGGAGAAGAGAAUAGCAGAUUGAAGACUGAGAUACUGAAAUUGGAUGAGAUCCUAUUUUCAUGUGAACCCUUGAGGGUUGAGAAUGAAAAGUUAUAGGAAAAAUUAAAAUACUAUAAAUCAGAGAGGAGGAAACUUCAUUAGGACAUGAAGUAAAGUAAACAAGAGAUUAACAAACAAAUAGAACAAUUCAAGUAGGUGGUUACCAAAGAUUUUAAAAAUGAAAUGGAAAGACUAUAAGAGUACAAGGAAUGUUAUUUAUAAUUAAAUUAAAAAUUGCAAGAUUAAGAGGAGAGGUGUAGGAGUUUAACUGAUGAAAACGAUCAAUUAAAAAAGGAGAUCCAAUCCUUGUAUUAGAAGGAGGAGAGCGAUAUCAAAAUCAAGUCUGAGAUUGAUAGGGUAAUUAAUUCGUUUAUUUGAAAAAAGGUCAGAUAAGAUCUAAUGUCAGUAAGAUAGUAGGAAACGCAAAAAUUAUAGGAACUGUUUAAUGGGAUGAUAAGUUUGAGCAGUUUAGCAAACUCAAGGGAAUAAUUUUAUUGA